AUGAAGACGAGUCUCAAGAUAACUGAGUAUGUCUUUGCCCCCUCUGGGCUGCCCCAGAGAUCUCCAGUCACUGUCUCAUUGUCUCAUUUUUUUGCAGAGUCUUCAUCCAGGCUACGACUGGUGGGAGGCCACCACCACUGUGAAGGGCAGGUGGAGGUGGAACAAGGCCUGUGGGGCACCAUUUGUGAUGAUGGCAGGGACUUAAAAGAUGAUGCCGUGGUGUGCUGGGAGCUGAGCUGCAGACCAGCCAAGGCAGUGCCCUUUGGUAAUUUAUAUAAGCCACCAGCAGCAGAAGAACAAAAAGUCCUCUUCCAAAAUGUCAGUUGCACAGGGAUGGAAGAUGCACUGUCUCAGUGCAAUAAAAAUGAAGAUGUUUUUGACUGCUUUCAUGAGGAGGAUGCAGGUGUAUCCUGUGAGAUGCUAGAGAGCUUGUGGUUGGUUGAUGGCCCUGGACGCUGUAAGGGGCGUGUGGAGGUGAAGCGCCAAGAUCAGUGGGGUACUGUGUGCAUAUCGCAAAGAGGCCUCCCAGCUGCAAAGGUGAUGUGUCGGCAGCUAGGGUGUGGGAGGGCCACAAGCACCCAAAGAUGCUGCAAUAAGCACACCCAGGGCCUAGGGCCCAUCUGGCUGAGUUGGUUGUCAUGUUCAGGACAAGAAAAGAGCCUUGCAGACUGCCCUUCCGGACUCUGGGGGGAGAACAGCUGUACCCACGAUGAAGACAGGUGGGCUGAGUGUGAAGAUCCCUUUGACCUGCGGCUGGUAGGGGAAGACAGCGGCUCCUCUGGCAGACGGCUGCACAAGGGGGUUUGGGGCUCCGUCUGUGACGACACUGGGGAGAUAAACAGGACGGGGGUAUGCAGGCAACUGGGCUGUGGGGAGUCCCUCGCUCCCCCUGCCAAAGACGGGAGACGCUUUGGUGGUGGAGUUGGCCAACUCUGGCUGGAUGACGUUCGUUGCUCAGGGAAGGAGCAGCCCCGAGAGCAGUGCCACAAGGGAGACGUGGGUGUGGUCUGCUCAGGUGAAUGUCGUAGGUGGAGCUCAUGA